AUUUAAUAGGAGCAUAGAUAAAACUUUUGCAUUGCAUGUGUGGUGUAGUGUUUAUAAUGGGAGGAAAAAUCGCUGUCAUCGCCGUUCUACUCCUUGGACAUGAAGUCAUAAGUCACAAUUGCAACCAAAGUGACACGUACCUCAAAUGCGACGUCGUAGAGUUCAAAGCUGGAGAUGCGCUGGAUACAACCCCAAUAAUUGACAAAUCUGGGAUAAAAUCGAUCGUUUUUGCGGACAGUCGGCUCAAUGUAUUACCCCGUAACGUUUUCGCGGAGUUUCCACAUCUACGACAGUUAUACGUAAAUAACAGCGGUGUAAAGCAAGUAAUGUCCGAAGCGUUCUCCCAUUUAACGGUCCUGGAAGAAUUGCAUUUGGAGCAGAAUAAUUUAACUAGACUCGAGAACAUGAGUUUUUUCGGCCUGAAAUCGUUAAAGCUGUUGAAGCUUUCACAGAACCAGAUUGAAACUGUGGAAGUGGACGCGUUCGUUGGUCUAAUCGACUUGCGACUUUUACUGCUAGAUCGGAAUAAGAUCCAGACCGUGCAGUCGGCGCUGUUCGCAUUUGUCUCCAAUCUUCCCGGAGACCCAAUUGCUAUGGAAACGUUUUCGAAACUCAACAAUUCGCUCGAUUUGGCUAAUUUUCCAUCGAGUUUGCAAGUACUGGACUUGGCCGGUAACGAAAUAGUGACCGUCACUAACUGGCCAUCUAUGCGGAACAUGCUUCAUCUCAACCUGCACGGAAAUAAUAUUCGUGAGAUCGUUACCACGAACGAAAUAUUUCCAAAUUCCGAACCAUCUCGCUCAGCUGAAAAUUUAACCGAACUAAAUUUGGAGAAUAACCAUUUGGCGGAGCUCAAGAGUGACUUUUUCAGUGGGAUGAGUAAACUUCGGGUUCUGAACUUACGGUCCAAUAACAUAAGUGAAAUCGCCAGAGAGAGCUUUAAUAAUUUAACUGCGUUGGAGGAGUUGUACUUGUCCAACAAUUCACUGACUGCGAUUUUUGGUUAUUUUAAAGGUCUCGCCAAAUUGUCACAAUUGCAUUUGGCCAAGAACAAGAUUAGGGUGUUAUCGGCUUAUGCCUUUGAAGAUCUGGAGUCGUUACUGGUAUUGGAUUUGUCUCAAAAUCAACUGGUUUGGUUUGCGGGGAUAGCUAGCGUUAAUAACUACUUGUACUUCUUACAGAACAGCCAAGUUCACAAAGUAAAAAACUUAGCUAAAGGUGUAUCUGUCUUUCUGCCAGUAACAGACUUGAAUUUGGAGUAUAACAAUUUGAGCCAAAUCGUGGACGGGGUCUUACAUGGACUGCCGAACUUAACUAGCUUGAACCUGGCCAACAAUCGAAUUACCCAUCUCCGAGAGCAAAAUUUUGCUGGAACAAAGAAGUUAGAAACCUUAAUUUUGCGGAAUAACGAAUUGACCUCCCUCGAAAAUGGGCAGUUUAAAAUGCUUCCGUCACUGGCAAAGCUUGACCUUUCGAAAAAUCGGAUCACCAGCCUUGGCGAAGGUAUUUUUACCAAUUUUUCUGGUGGAACUAAGCACUCGAGCGGAUUAACAAAUUUGGAUUUGUCAAGUAAUUUAAUCGGCUCAAUUCAGGAAACCGACUUUUUUGGUUUAUCCCAGUUAGUCGAACUCAAGCUGCACCACAACAGAAUACAGCACAUUGGUAACGGUAGCUUCACAGACCUGUCCCAACUCACCCACUUAUACUUGCAAGCUAACCUCCUCAAAAACAUAACCAACGAAUGCUUUGAGAGCUUGAGCAGUUUGCAAGUGCUCGAGUUGAGUGAUAACCGACUCGAACAAAUCAGCGACCUUCAUGGCCUUGUUUCCUUAAGUCAUCUCUACUUAAGAAAGAAUCGCAUCCAGGAAGUACAGCCGGAUUGUUUCCGCGAUCUGGGUGCGCUUUUUCUGUUGGACCUUUCGUAUAACAACCUCAAAAACUUGGAGGAGUCGAUUUUUUAUAACCUAACAAAUUUGGCAAACGUCGAUCUAUCGCACAACCAUCUGACGAAACUCGAAGAAUCGACAUUCUCCACCCAAGAAAAUUUGAGGUUUUUGAACCUCUCAAAUAACCAAUUGACGUGCAUGGACCCAUGCGAAAUUAUAAGCUACUCCCAGUACACUGUGAACUUUGGGUUAUCUGAGAAUGUGUGGAACUGCACACUGUUGAGGGGAAUCGAUCGCGACCCCUCCAUCAACUUGAGCUGCCCUAGAAAAGAGCCCAAAAUCAACUCAACCCAAGACUUAAACUUGGGUAGGGGAACACACUCAUCAUCAACCCAAGCUAGUGCUUCGUACCCAUUUGAAUUUUCUGGCAAAGAUAUAGUACCCACUGUUAAUUAUCCCACAGCCGUUUCAAAUUUCAGCGGUCACUCUAAUUUUACUCACUCGUUAAGAGAUUAUGAUAAAGAUCUAACUGUACUCUUAAACAACUUUAGGCAUGAAAUGCUCGCACUGUAUGUACUAGUAAUUAUAAUGAUUCUUAUAGUACUAUUUUUAGUCGGUCUUAGAUAUGUAAGAUACUUUAGGGAAAAGUGCAGAAAUGGUUCAAGUGUGUAACAGCCCUUUUUGCAUAGACUGAAGUAAUAAACCUUUGCCGAUGGCAGUGAAUCUGUUAGACACUGAAGAUCAAUUUGGCCCGCAGUUGUUUAAGGAACUAAUGAAUCUCAAGUCCCAAGAAGGCAAAAAUAAAGUUU